AUGAGCUCCAAAAGCACAGACUUGGACCUUCAAUUGGUGGACUUUGUGUGUAACAAGCUCUUCCCCAAUUUUAACAUAAACCAGGAGUUACUAUCCAAUUGGCAAGUUGACUUGAUAGAUAACGUCCAGGACUUGUCGAUUCUCACCGCUGUAAUCGAGGAGGAAGUUGUGGUUGGAACCUUGAUGAACGAUAAGUUGGCGUUGACCCAUGAUCAUAUGGUUGAGUACUUCCGCCAGUUCCAUCAGCUAGAUGACGAGGUUUAUGGAGACUUCAAGAUCAUCAUGACCGAGUUGAUUUCAGUGAUCUUCACUAUGACUUACUCCUAUAAGAUACAUAUUGUUCGGUGUAAUAUUCACAAGUUGGUACUUGAUAGCUUUCUACUACGAGCAUCUAGGAUGCAAAUUCUGGACUUAAACGAAGAUAAGCCACUGGUGCUUGGUCAACUAAUGAAGUUGUCAAUUGACUUAUUGGAGCUUGGCUGUGACACAGAAACAAUGCUCAAUAUCACCCACAGGUUGAUGAAGACCGCUUCAAUUGACGAGAAAUUGGUAUUGUUGCAAUUCAUGAAUAAUGUCUUUACUAGCUACUCAAGUCAUUUCAAGUUCUAUCUCCUAAAGAACUUCGCUACCAGUGCAAUAGCUGUACCAUUCGGUAGCACGCAUCAUCCCAAUUUCAAGACAUUUUCAAUACAUUCUUGGUUCAAGAUAAACCAUCAAGAUCUAGAGUCUGACUACUCUGAUUUACCCUUGAUAACCUUAUUCAAGAUAUCCAAUUCUUCUAGUUUCAAUUCAUGUAACUUGAAGAUUCAAUUGAUUAACUAUAACCAGUUCAUGAUUGAAAUCACCAACGAAGCCAAUCAAGCAAAGAUGCAGUUCUCAUUCAACCAAAUAUUGAAUGUUGACCCCAGUAAGAAUCAAGGCUUUACUCAUUUUGUUUUGACCUUCGAUAAGUACUCGAAUUUCAAUCUUUUUGUUGAUGGAGAAUACUCAGAGUCCAUUCCUUGUCCAGAAGAAGGAAGAAACUUCAAUGCUUGGGAUAAAUUGUAUUUUGGUGAUGAUGAAAAUGACAGUAUUGCAAAUAGAAUAUCCAACAAGGAUGAAAUGAUUUUAAGAAAUUUAACUGUUCUUGACGUAAAUUUGUCAAACCAGUGGAUAAACUUGUUUUACAAUCUUGGACUAGGAUAUGAGUGGAAUUUCAAGGAGUUCUCCAAUGACAACAUCUUCAACUUACUAGACCAUUUGAGCUUUAAAGGUCUUUGUAAUGUUGCCCUUAAAUUCAAAGAGAUCACUGGAAAAAGGAAAAGAAGAAACAGUUUUAAAGAAUCAUUAUCACAUUUCAACAACCUGAAAUCAACAUCUGCUCAACCCUUCAAGAAUAACAACAAGUAUUUGGCCAAUGGCUUGAUGGUGAAAAACCUUAUAGAUAAGAGCCUGAUCGCAAACAGCCUCAUAUCCACAAAGUUCAAAGAUUCAGAUAUCGUUUUCAGCAGCAAUGAUAACCAGUAUCUUGAAAAUCUUGAAAACCCUUUCUCGUUGAAUCCAGAUAUUUUAAUUCAUAAGUCAGAAUCCAUGCACGGUGCGUUCUAUAUAAUAGGAGGCACUCCAAUGAUUUUGAGGUUCAUUGAAACAGUUAUCAAAGACACCAAAACAGGACAUCGUGAUUUCAUGCUAGUACAAUCUUUGAACCUCUUAUUCAGCAUUUUGAAUAACAGUUGGAGACUCAGUAAAGAGUUUGAAAACAUCAGUGGUUACGGGAUCUUGUCUAUUAUAUUGGCGAAUUAUAAAUCCUCAAACAGAUCACUUGAAUUCAAUAUCAGCCCUGACUUGAGGCAUUUGGUUGACCCCCAAUCCAACAAUUUACUAAGUUUGAUCUUAAAUCAUACAGGUUACGAUUUUGUUAAUCCUACGGACUCGGUGAUUGUUAAUCCCAAUGCUUACAGGUUUUUGGUGUUAGACUUCGACUUGUUCAAUUAUUCAAGCACUUUUUCAACCUUACUCACUCAAUUCAAUGUGUUAAUGACGGAGAGUAAUUUCAGAGAGUUCAAUCUAAUGGAACUAAACAAAAUGAAGCUUCUUAAGAAAUUCUUCCAUUUCUUGAAGAGUCUGGCCUUAAUACACCUUGAAGUUACCGAUGAAAUACUGGACAAGCUCGUUUCCACAUAUUCUGCAAUUUUGAAGGCUGAUAUUUCUGUUGAGAAUAUUAGGGCAAUUUCCCAUUUCUUGAUUUACUGCUUUUAUAGUACUCCAACGGAUUGCAACCAGAAAUUGGCCUUGCUAGCGUUGAAGUCAUUGACAGAUACUUUAUGUGAUUCAGAUUCAAGUAUAAAGAUAUUGAAGAAAUUUUCUAGGUCCAUCACAAUUCAUUGGAUUCUUUUAAUAUUGAACUUUACUUGUCCUAAGAAUCUGUCUGUUGAUGACAGGGAUGUGGUAAUUUGUGGAAUCAGGCUAUUAGCCAGAUUACUAAGUAUUUUGGGACCUAACGUUAUCAAAAAGUUUUUUGAGAUGAACAGAGGGCUUGAUAUCUUGACACAUUUCUUGAAAGAUUGGUGGUCUAAUGAUGAGGUUUUAUGCCAAAUAUACUUAGCAGCCUUCGGUAUCAAUCCCAGAGAGCUAGAUGAUGAGAAAGAAUUAGUCCUGCUUAAUCAGCUUAUUCCCUUGGCUGACGAUCCUAAAAAUCAGAAGUUCAAUAAACUUGUUAUACCAGAAUUCCUUUAUCUUUUGAACAAUCUAGUUUUGAACUCGGUUUACAAGCUAAGUGAAAGCAAAGGAAAGGUUUUGAGUGCUCCGAGUACCCCUACAUUGAAAGGCAGCAACUUGGAUAUAUCAUUAGAUGCUAUCCACUUAAUAAGCCUGUAUGCUCAAUCAAUCGAGAAAGGUUAUAACAAUAUCAAACCAUUGUCAACCUUUUAUCUUGAAAAGAAUUGGUUGGAUGGAGUAUUCGAGUUAAUAGGAUAUUUGAGAUUGUUCUUGACGUGGGAAAACUCAGAAUUAUUACAAAACUUUGGUAACUGCUAUAACAGGUUGAUUCGGAUUAUGACCAACAUUUUCAUUUCCAAAUUGUUCAAUUCCUCCAGCUUUUUUGAAAUCUUCAGCAGAUUAAAUGACUUUAGCAAGAAACUUAUUCUUGAAACAAUAUUUCCCCGGAUAUUUGAUCACAUCAAUGAGUUCAUAAGCCUAUCAAACUUCAUUUUCAAUGAAAAGGAGUUUAUGAACGACUCAAUUCAUUUGCUUUUGUUCUAUAAUUCCGAAUUUGUCAAUCAAAACUUUUCAAUCAAUGAAAAAGACUUAUCCAGUUUUGUUCUUUGCAUAUUGUCAAUAUUAGAGGCAAAGCAAAGCUCUAAUGUUUCUUCUAUAAGACAAUUAAGAAGCUGUCUCGGAGAGUUGGUGAUCUUGAAAAUGGAAAAGAUCUUGAAGGAUGACAAAGAGAGCAGAGAGUCAAGUCCUCUGGUAGAAAAUUUGACUGGAAACUUGCCCAGUAAUCCAAAUGUUGAGAGGUUUAACGAAACUGUCAAAUUGGUGCUUGAAAGACAGAUGAUCAUAUUCCAAGCUGAUGUCUUGAAUAACGAACAAACGGCUGCAGUAAUAGUACUUCUAUUGGGAUCCUACUUCAAGAUCUUGGGUUCACCAGAUCUAGUGCAUACUGAUCAUUUGUUCAAUCUUUUGAGGACAGUCUAUAUGAUGAGGCAAGAGAAUUUUCAAAGCAUCAUCGGAUUCAUCACAAAGGAUGUGGACUAUAGUGCCUGCUUAAAUCUUGUGAAUGACUUCUUCAACACUUUAAUAACCAAGAAUGACGAGGAAACAUUGAAGUUACUUUCCAGAUUUCCCACCUACAAACACAUUUUCAACCAGAGGUUCUACGCUAUUUUGUCCAAAGCAAAUGAAUCAUCUAAGAUCCAUGUUCAAAAUAUUAUAAGCGUAUCGUUGAGUAAUGGAGGGCACUUGGGACAGCUUGAUAAUAUUUACAUCAAGAGUUUCGAAAGAGAUUGCCUGCAAUUGAGAACUCAAGUAAUGGCGAAUGAGAUGGUUAAGUUCAACAGAGUUAACCAGGACAACAAGGAGAAUAUCUUAUAUUUUGCAACAAGUUAUAACUCGUUGAAGAUUGAGACGGAAAGAUUAUAUCACCAUGGUGAUAGCCCAAAGUUCAACUAUACACUUGACUUCAUCGAAAACUCAGAUAGAAUGAGAAAACGGUUAGUGAUUGAAGACCAGCUUUCAGAUUCGGAGAAGCUAGCGUACAAGAUCAAUAUCCCACUAAAAAGUGUACCGAGCAUUCCUAAUAGCCAAAGUGAAAGGUCAUUUGAAGUUUACAAGAAUGCAAUUGACAACAGUGGUAUCAACACACUAAGUCUUUCAAGCAACGAUAUCUUCAUGAACUUAGGUGAUGAAUCCUUUGAGAUUGUCGAUGACUUGGGAGAUACAGUAGAAGAUGACACAGAGAACGAGCAUAAUACAACAUAUGAAGAUAAGAACAGAAAGGUAUUGAGGAGUUUAUAUUUGGGAGAUCACAUUGUAUCUAUUUGGAACAUAAGCCAGAUCAAUGGUUUGGCUCCUAUAGAAAGCUUGAUGAUUCUUGGAUCAACUCAUGUAUAUGUCAUCGAAAACUACUUCCACCAACAAGACGGAAACGUAAUUGAUGCACAAGACGCACCAUUGGAGUUGAGGGACCCAUAUGUGCAAUUGGUCAAUACCCAAUCGGCAGAAUUUUCCAAUCACUCAUCCAAGUCUCACAAGAGCAAGAGCUGGAGUUUGGACACAUUAAGCUCUAUAUCCAAAAGGCAGUUUCUUUUAAGAGAUGUUGCCUUGGAGAUGUUUUUUACGGAUGGAGCUAGCAUAUUAUUGACCUGCUUUACUUCCAGAGAAAGAGAUUCGGUCUACAAUAAGCUCUACCAUUAUUGUGUUGGAAAAGGAUUGGAUUAUGAUUUGAACCAAACUUUACAGUUAUCGUCUUCGUUAUCAAUUUCCAAUAAUCAAAGCACAAGCUCGUCGUUUGCUGCAAUGCUAGCUUCUGCUUUUUCAUCUAAUACCCCGGAUAAUGUACUCGCAGCCACCAAGAAAUGGAAGAAUGGAGAAAUGUCCAACUUUUACUAUUUGAUAAUCAUCAAUACGUUAGCAGGUAGAACAUUCAAUGAUCUUACCCAAUACCCAGUGUUUCCAUGGGUGAUAGCUGAUUACACCAGUGAGAAAUUGGAUCUUUCUAAACGUGAGACAUUCAGAGAUUUAUCAAAACCCAUGGGAGCCCAAACUGAAGGAAGAGCUUCUGAAUUCCGCGAACGUUAUGAAGCUUUAAGCAGCUUGGAAGACGAGGCUGCUCCAGCAUUCCACUAUGGAACUCACUAUUCUUCGGCGAUGAUUGUGACUUCAUUUUUGAUUCGAUUGAAGCCAUAUGUUCAUUCGUAUUUACUACUCCAAGGAGGUAAGUUUGACCACGCAGACCGACUUUUCAACUCGAUCGAAAAAGCAUGGCUUUCUGCAUCCAAAGACAAUACCACUGAUGUCAGAGAGUUAAUCCCCGAGUUCUUCUUCCUACCCGAGUUUCUAGUCAACGAUAGUCACUUUGAGUUUGGAACUUUACAAAAUGGAGAUGUCCCCAACAAUGUGGUAUUACCCAAGUGGGCCCAUGGUGAUCCCAUGAUAUUCAUUCAGAAGAACAGAGAAGCUUUGGAAAGCCCAUAUGUAUCAGCUAACUUGCAUUUGUGGAUAGACCUCGUGUUUGGCUGGAAACAGAGCGGAUCAGAAGCAGUGGAGUCGUUAAAUGUUUUCCACCAUCUUUCUUAUAAUGGGGCCAUUAAUUUGGAUAACAUCAAUGAUGAAAUGGAACGCAAAGCAGCUAUUGGCAUGAUCAACAACUUUGGACAAACUCCAAACAAGAUUUUCACUAAACCGCAUCAUAAGAAGGAUGUAUUGAAUUUACCCAAUUACUACCUCACUGAGAUUGACGACACAAAAGCCCCCAAAAUGAUCUUUGAAUCCAAGUUAAGAAGCAAAAUCAGAAAGAUUGAAAUCAGUUCCAAGACUGGCAAGUGGAUUGGGAGACCCAAUUGUGUGGGAACCGAAAACGACUUGUUGAUUCGAAAGUUAGGAAACAUUGACGACAAAACCGGAUCGAUAAUGAUCAACAACAUGUCGUUUUUAGAUCUCCAUAGUUCUUUCAUCACUUGUAUUCUACAGAUUGGGUACAAGAAGUUUUUGACUGCUUCCGAUGACGGUCUUAUCAACAUCUGGAAAUGCAACACAGAACCUUGCCUAAACCUUCAAUUUCAUGGCAUUCUACGGGGCCACACAUCACUGAUUCAAGAGCUCAAGUUCAGCAAGAGCUUUAAAGUAGGCCUAUCAUCUGACAGCAACGGUAAUGUUAUUAUGUGGGACUUUGUGAGAUUCAAGUUCAUGAGAUGCUUGGCUAAAUCGGACCAGAAACUGAAGGUAUUGAUAGACAUUUCCAACGACAGUGGGAAUGUGGCUAUUCUUUCACAGUCAACUAACACGUUAAAAGUCUUCAGUUUGAAUGGGGAUUACAUCUUGGAAACACAAUUGCCUCCAGGCACAAUCACCAGUCUCAGGUUCGGUAGUAUCAACAACUCCGGCAUCGAAACUGGCAAACAGCUGAUAGUAAGUGUCCACGCCUACUGGAGCGACGAAUUGAUAUCUUUUGCAUACGGAGGAGGAGACAGGCAUAUAGACAUCUACAAUCUCAAACCAAAUGAGAAACUAGGAGGUUGGGAAUUGUGUCGAUUACUGAAGAUGGGGCUCCGGUUUGACAAAAUAGGUGAUAUCACUGCUUACGAACUUAUGAAGAAAAUUACAGUAGACCCUGAAGACAAACUCACCAGGGGUUACCUCAGCAUAAUUAUGGGAGACUGCAACGGACGAGUCUUUCAAUGGUAG